GUUAUUGAUUUUGUAGCGAAAGAUAUCAAUGCGAGUGAAAUAUAUAUGGAAUCUCUUGAAAUUCUAAGGAAUGUAUCACGUAAGAUAUCACCGAAUCGGUCAUGGGUUCAAAAAGGGUUUUUAAAACUGAUUAAUACAUUUAAAUAUAUUAUAUCAAAAUUUAUAUUGAUUCAAAUAACACAGCAACAGACGUAUUCACCAGAAUAUUAUUUCUCGAAAAACCAGAUUUUUAAAGUAUCUUCUAUGCUUAAGAAAGCGGCGGCUCUUGGUCAUAAUGAUGCAUUAUAUUUAUUAGCAGAUAUGCAUUUUUAUGGGAAUUAUAGUCAUCCAUUAGAUUUAUAUAAGGCAUUUUUGUUUUAUAAAGAGCAUGCACGUCGAACAGGAAAUACUACAUCACAAUUUAAUUUGGGACUUUUUUAUGCGGUGGGUAUGGUAGAACAAGUUCCUCGAAAUCAAGCCAAAGCUAUGUUAUAUUUUAUGUUUGCAGCAUCUCAAGGAGAUAUUAGGGCAGAGAUGGUUCUUGGAUAUAGACAUUAUAUGGGUAUUGGGACGCCGCAAUCAUGUCAAAUGGCAGCAGAAUAUUAUAAAAAGGUUGCGGAUAAAGUAAUGUAUCAAUUUGAUUCGGGACCUCCUGGUGGUAUUUUACUUCCUCGUAUGCCUCGAAAAUUUGCAGAUGAUGGUGGUGGUAUAUAUGGUGAAGGAGCUAGUGUUGUUUCAAGUGGACCGGAUUAUAAAAAAAGGAAGAAGCUAAUUGGAAAGAUCUUAAGAAUUGAGAAGAAAGAAAUGGAUAAUUAUAUAGAUUAUUAUUCUUAUAUAGCAGAAAAAGGUGAUAUUGAAGCACAAUUGCUUCUUGGUAAACUUUUCUAUCUUGGAACAUCUAGUAUGGAUAGAGAUUUUAAAAAAUCAUUUAGUUAUUUUAAAAAAAUUGCAAGAUUAUAUUGGAAAAAGAACGGAGAACCUUAUGAUGAGAAAUAUGGACUAGGAGCAGCAGAAACAGCAAGAUAUUUAGGUUUGAUGUAUUUUAGAGGAGAGGGUGUUGCACAAAACUUUCGAAUUGCUAAAAUAUGGUUUCAACGUGGUAUAAAUAUUGGGGAUGCGGCAUGUCAAAAUGGAAUGGGAAUGAUAUAUCUAAAAGGAUAUGGUGAUACUAAUAUAGAUAUACAAAAAGCUGCAGAACUUUUUAAAGCAGCAUCAGAUCAAGGACUUUCUGCUGCUAAAGUUAAUCUUGCCAAAAUAUAUUUAGCACAAAAAGAUUAUACAAAAGCAAAUAUACUUUUUGAAUUAGCAUGGGACAAAAACCCUGUUGAAGCUGCAUAUUAUUUAGCAACAAUGAGUUAUAAUGAACUUUCAAAGGAAUCAUCAUGUCAAAGAACUGUUACGUAUUAUAAAUAUGUUUCUGAAAGGAUUGGAUUGAUUUAUUCAACACUUGAUGAAGCUGAAAGAGCAUAUGAUAAUAAUAAUAUAUAUAUUACACUUAUUAGUACAUUAAUUGCAGCUGAACAAGGCUAUGAAGCAGGGCAGUCUAACAUUGGAUGGCUUCUUGAUAAAGCAAAAUCUUUCUCUUCUCGUAAUCAAAAGAAAUAUUUUCCAAUGUCAGAUCAACUUUCUCUGAUUUAUUAUACACGGGCAGCAAAACAGAACAAUGUUGAUGCAAUGGUUAGAAUAGGUGAUUAUUAUUUAGAAGGCAUAGGAACAAAAGCAGAUUCUUCUAAAGCUAUCAAAUGUUUUAUGUCAGCUGCUGACACUGGAGUAUCUGCUCUUGCUAUUUGGAAUCUAGGAUGGAUGUAUGAAAAUGGUAUUGGUAUACAGCAAGACUUUCAUUUAGCAAAACGACAUUAUGACAAUGCACUUUUGGCUAGUUCAGAAGCAUGGUUACCAAUAACACUUUCUUUAAUUAAACUUCGAAUAAGAUGUUUAUAUAAAUCUAUUGUAAAUGGAACUACAACAAAUACUUCUAAUCAAGAGAAAGAUAAUGUCAAUAUUAUUAAUAGACUUAAAAAUUUUAUUAAAAGGGUAUUAAACUCGUUAAAAAUAAAUGAUGUAGAGGAAAAUGAGGAUACACUGGAACUAGAUUAUGAUAAUCAAGAUUUUUAUGAAAGCAAAGAUGAUUUUUUUGAAACAAUUGUUAUUCUAAUUUUAUGUUUAUUAAUAACAUUUAUGAUUUAUUAUCGACAAGCAAGAUUGCAUAUUGGACUCAGACGAAACUUAAAUACACAAAACUUUCAUACCAGAUAACAUACAAUCGCCAAAUUACCAUUUAAGCAGUAAUAUCUAAACAUUC